AUGUUUGUUUUUGCGUCAGUUCACACUGCUAGCAAACAAUCUGGAAACACCUUGAAACCUCAUCGCGGAGCUGCAACCAGGGUCGGAUUAUAUAAGGCAGCAGCCUCUCUGUUGCGGCACAAGUUGCAUCCACUGAUUGUGAUCACCAUGAAUACAUCUCUGUUCUUCCUUGCUGUUGUAGCAGCCGUCGCUGCUGACAAGAUCCCCGACUUCGUCGUUCCAGGAAGAUGUCCUGUUGUGGACGAGAAAUCACUCUUCGACGAACAGAUUCCCAAUCAUUCUAAGUAUGCUGGUGUUUGGUACGAAAUUGCCCUCACAAACAACCCAUACCAACUCCUCAAGCAGUGCGUCCGCAACGAAUAUUCCUUUGAUGGAAACAAAUUCAUCGCCAAGUCUACUGGCAUCAACGCUGACGGUAACCUCAUGAAGCGCAACGGCCAGAUUCUCCCCAUGCCUCUUGGAGACCCUCACCUCUCCGUCGACUACGAAGGAUCUUGGAUCGCUCCCUAUGUCAUCCUCGACACGGAUUACGAGAACUUCUCGUGCAUCUACUCUCCUGCACCGAAUACAACUUCGGAUACUACUCCGACUUCUCUUCAUCUUCUCCGCUCGCCAAGCCUUUCUGACCAAUACCUGAGACGCUGCGAGGCCGCCUUUAAGGAUCGGCGUCGACGUCUCUCGUUUCACGAAGACAGUCCAGGGUUCUGA